AUCUACUCUUUCCAAAGAUGCACAGUAUUUUCAGCGUCUUUGUAGUAGCGGCUUUUUGGUCCACACAGUAUUGGACACAUGUUGUUUUGACGAGGAUCUAGAGGUUCGAGUUCAAGCUGUUUUGUUGCUGCUGGCGUUUUUUAAUUCGGGCGAUGGAAUAAAUUUGCUGGAAAAUCCCGACGAGCAUUUCUUUUUUAAACUCAAUGCCGACCAGUUGUUUUUAAAAAUGGCACAAGAUCCAUCGCGACUAGUUCGCCUACAAGUUCUGGAUGCCUUUGCCACACUUCGGUCUAGCAAUACUAUCAAUCAAACACAAGUUCAAGGAAAACGUGGUCGGCAUUCGGGAUCGCGACUGGAAGCAUUCAUUCAUGAGCUCAAUAAAGUCGAUUUGGAUGAGAUACGGCUUCGAUGCGAGCCUGAAUAUCUGUAUCAGGAAGCAUUGGAUAUGGAUGCAAGUGUGCUAACGGAAACUAACGAAGCUGGUAGCGGCAACAAUGUACUUUAUUGUUAUGAUUGCUAAUGGGCAGUAUUUACUCGGGAUUUUCCUGGCAUGCAUACUUCAAUUAAAUAUUAUUUUCCUAUUCCAUGUAAUGGAUGGCGAUUAAGACUGGUGAUAAAGGGAAUGAAGAUUGUCAUCAACCUUGUAAACGGAG